AUGGCCCAGCAAAAUAUGAAAGUGCGACCCGUGCUUCUGAAGCGCAACAGUCUAGAGUCGGUGGAGUUUGUGAAGCAACCACACCACCGCAGGAGCAAGUCCCAGCAGGUGCGAUUCAAAGAGGAUGGGACCAGUAAGACUCCGCCGGGCCUAACAGAGGUCGAUGUCCACACUGCUGAAGACCCGCCUGUGAUGGGCAAGACGCAAGCACCCAGACACCAUCACCUCCCCACCUACUCGCUCUCCUUCCCCAGGUCCCAGAAGGCCGGGGGCUUCCGGAACAUCGCGAUCCAAACCUCCCCCAGUCUCAGGAAGCAUUUCCCAAUCUUCAAAAGGAAGAGACUCACGGCCAGUAAGUCCCUGGUGGAAAUGCCAACAGCACCCCAAAGUGCCAUCCAGGUCAACGGCAACCUCUCGGAACAGGACAUUGUGCCUUCUGACCUGGCCUACCUAAGGCUGGCUCGGCAUCUGGAGGAGGGGCCUCGGAGGAUCAAGGUGUCGCACCCACUGCUCUCUCGGACGCCCCAGGUGCAGAGCAAUGGGCCUGUCAGCAUAUGCUUGGAAGCAGGGGCUUGGAGAGCCUCAGAGAAAGCAACGGCUGCCAUUCAGGUCCCUGAUGAUAUUUAUCACAGUCCUACCUGGGCAUCUAGAGGGCCCGCUUUAGGCCAAGACCGGUCUGCGGAGAUAAGCAACCCGGCCCACCCUGCGGCUGACCCGUGGCCGGGGGACGGGAGGAGGAUGCUGCCCGCAGACUCGGAGAGAGCUUCCUCCUGCUUCAACGCCACCAGCGGUGCCAACCACAUGCCAGGCACAGGGAAGCUUACUCCCAAAUUGCUUUUGCCCAAAGACAACUCUGAUGACAAAGACUGUGGCCCACUGUCUUCUCUGUCAAAGGAAAGGUGUGCUCCCUCACCUCCACGGACUCACAGCUCCCCCUCGCCAGGCUCCCACGGCCAGCCUGCCCAACCAGGAGCGGCUUCAGACUGCUCCUCACCGAGCAACAACCACGGGGACCUGCCGCCACUCACACCUAACAACGCAUCCAAAUCUGCCCCAGAGUGUCAGGAGCGGACGGCGAAGAACCCCACCCAGUCGGACACCCUGGAGCCUCGGAACUGUCCAGGAAACGAUCACCUCCCGUCCCCUCUUCCAGGGAGGGAGCAUGAACUUCAGAGCAGCAGGGAGAUUGGUGAGGUUAAUCAGGUUCGUCUGGCACGGGGCGAACUCUGCGACCUCCAAGGCAGGCUGCAAUCCGUGGAGGAAUCUCUGCACUCGAACCAAGAGAAAAUCAAAGUCCUUUUGAAUGUAAUUCAAGACCUGGAGAAAGCUCGGGCUCUCACUGAAGGGCGCAACUUUUAUCGAACUGGCCAAGAUCUCAACAACUGCAGUACCUGCCAGAACACGGCGUGCAUCAUAUACAGUGUAGAAUAUGAUUUUCGGCAGCAGGAAGGCAGGUUCCAUGAAGUUCUACAGAGUCUGGAGGAAGCAGAACCAGUUGAGGAGCCACCUCCCCCACCAAGGUCAACAGCAGAACCCCCUGUUCCAGAGAAACAGGACUUACGGCGGAAAACCAAGAAGGUGAAGAAGAAAUGCUUCUGGUGGAUCUGAGUGUGUUGAGACCAUGCCCUAUCCCCUCCCCAAAUGCCUCUCCAAGGUGGGGAGACCACUGCCCUCAGGCCUUCUCUACUUCUUAGCAAAGGCCCCAGGCUGCAAGAUACCUGGCCUGUGAAACAGGAAAGACUCAGGGCUGGUUUAGCCACUGGGGGGCACCUGACCACCAACCUCACCUGAGUGAGUGCCACUGCUUACUGAGGACUUCACGGACCCUAGAGUGACCCCUUGCCUAGUUCAGUUCCCUGCCACACAUGCCCAGGACACAUCCUGGUUUGCGAGUCUAGAUUCCCACCACGAGCUAAGCCCCCAUCAACUUCCCAAGAUCUCCAUGAUGCUAAGCACUUCCUC